AUCUUCGACAGUUACAAAAGCUUCGAAUUUGACCAUAAACAAAAUUGAAACACAAAGAACAAUGAUGAACAUUCGUUUAAACCCAAAGUUUCCCAUGUCCACUUCUCUGUUCAAACCCAAAACCCUUCCAUCAAAACUCAAGAGCACGUUAAAUGAAGACAACCCAACUGAUCAAUCAACUUCUUCUUCAGCAGGUAAAAUCAAGCGCUUGGUUCUCUCUCAAGAAGAAAGAACCAAACUUAAUCCUUAUUCAGACAGAGAUUUCUACGCCUACCCGCGGUUUGUGACCCACGUGGAUGAUGGGUUUAUCUCCACAUUGACUGACCUCUACCGAGAACGGCUGAGACCUGAGUUUGAGAUUCUUGAUCUCAUGAGCUCUUGGGUUAGCCAUUUACCGAAGGAGAUUAAGUACAAGAAAGUUGUGGGUCACGGGCUCAAUGCGGAAGAGCUUUCUAAGAAUCCCCAGCUUGACUAUUUUUUUGUCAAGGAUUUGAAUGAGGAUCAGAAGUUUGAAAUGGAGGAUGGCAGCUUUGAUGCGGUGUUGUGCACUGUAAGUGUUCAGUACCUGCAGCAGCCUGAGAAGGUGUUUGCAGAGGUGUUUCGAGUGCUAAAGCCAGGAGGGGUUUUCAUUGUGAGCUUCAGCAAUCGAAUGUUCUACGAGAAAGCCGUAAGUGCAUGGAGAGAUGGGAUAGAGUACAGUCGGGUACAACUGGUUAAGCAGUACUUCCAAUCUGUGGAAGGAUUUACUGAGCCUGAGGUCAUUAAGAAAACACCGGCUGCUGCUGAAGCUGCUCAAGGAGAUACAUUGCCAUUCGGCUGGUCUCUGGGGUUUCUGGGUGUGGCCCCGUCUUCCGACCCCUUUUAUGCAGUGCUUGCUUAUAGGAACUUCAAGCCUGUCUAUGAAUGAAUGAGAGAGCUCAACAUAUUCCACUGUACACAAACGAUGUGUAUUGAUUUGUAUGUCUAUACUUUUAUUCUUUCUUCAUAUCGCAAUUUAAAUUGUACUAUAUGGACAUAACAUAAGCUUUGAAAAUAUACUUUGUGAAGAGCGUACAUGAUUUAUACAAAUUGAGGAAAAGAUAUAAGAGUUAGUUAAGUGGUUGUUCGUUAAAGAA